AAAGCUCAGAGAGUGGACCAGGUGAGCUCAGAGGUUCCCAGUGAUCAGUCUGCCCAGCAGAGUCAGACACACCUGGACUCCAUAAUUACGCUGCUGGAGGACAACAUCAUCACUUUUGUGAAGAAUGAGGUGAAGAUGAUUCACAAAGUUCUGAGCCAAGAUUACCCAACAUAUUUUGAGAGUGAGAGGGAGGAAGAGGAGCGGUUGGAGGAUGAGGAUGAAGAGCAGAGGUGGAGAAGCACAGAGGCAUUUGUGACGAUCGCACUGAACUUACUGAGGAGAAUGAAGCAGGAGAAGUUGGCUGACCGUCUGCAGAACAAAUAUCUUGCUUCAGUUUGUCAACGCAAACUUAAAUCUAAUGUGAAGAAGAAGUUCCAGUGUGUUUUAGAGGGGACUGCUAGAGUAGAAAAUCCAACCCUUCUGAAUCAGAUCCACACAGAGCUCUACAUCACAGAGGGAGGAACUGCAGAGGUCAAUGAUGAACAUGAGGUCAGACAGAUUGAAACAGCAUCCAGGAAACAGUACAGACAGAAAACAAGAAUCAGAAAAGAAGAUAUAUUCAAAGCUGGGAAGCCUGGAAGAGAUAAACCAAUCAGAACAGUGUUGACAAAGGGAGUGGCUGGCAUUGGGAAAACAGUCUUAACACAAAAGUUCAGUCUUGGCUGGGCAGAAAACAGAGCCAACCAGGACAUCCAGUUCAUAUUUCCAUUCACUUUCAGAGAGCUGAAUAUGUUGAAAGAGAAAAAGUUCAGCUUGGUGGAACUUGUUCAUCACUUCUUUACUGAAAUCAAAGAAGCAGGAAUCUGCAGCUUUGAAGACUUCCAGGUUGUGUUCAUCUUAGAUGGUCUGGAUGAGUGUCGACUUCCUCUGGACUUCCACAAAACUGAAAUCCUAACUGAUCCUAAAAAGUCCACCUCAGUGGGUGUGCUUCUGACAGACCUCAUCAGGGGGAACCUGCUUCCCUCUGCUCACCUCUGGAUAACCACACGACCUGCAGCAGCCAAUCAGAUCCCUCCUGAAUAUGUUGACUCGGUGACAGAGAUCCGAGGGUUCACUGACCAUCAGAUGAAGAAGUACUUUAGGAAGAGAUUCAAAGAAAAAAAGCAGGCCAGCAGAAUCAUCUCCCACAUCAAGACAUCACGAGGCCUCCACAUCAUGUGCCACAUCCCAGUCUUCUGCUGGAUCACUGCUACAGUUCUGGAGGAUGUGCUGAAAACCAGACCAGGAGGCAAGCUUCCCACAACCCUGACUGAGAUGUACAUCCACUUCCUGGUGGUUCAGGCCAAAGUGAAGAAGGUCAAGUAUGAUGGAGGAGCUGAGACAGAUCCACACUGGAGUCCAGAGAGCAGAAAGAUGAUUGAGUCUCUGGGAAAACUGGCUUUUGAUCAACUGCAGAAAGGAAACCUGAUCUUCUAUGAAUCAGACCUGACAGAGUGUGGCAUUGAUAUCAGAGCAGCCUCAGUGUACUCAGGAGUGUUCAAACAGAUCUUUAAAGAGGAGAGAGGACUGUACCAGGACAAGGUGUACUGCUUCAUCCAUCUGAGUGUUCAGGAGUUUCUGGCUGCUCUUCAUGUCCAUCUGACCUUCAUAAAGUCUGGGGUCAAUCUGCUGGAAGGACAACAGAAGACCUCCAUAUGGUCUAAAUUGUUUGCAAAACAAGAGUUAAGAGAAGUAGAAUCUGCAGUGAAAUUUUUCUACCACAGUGCUGUGGACAAGGCCUUACAGAGCCCAAAUGGACACCUGGACUUGUUCCUCCGCUUCCUUCUUGGUCUUUCACUGCAAACCAAUCAGACUCCCUUACAAGGUCUGCUGACACAGACAGGAAGUAACUCACAUUCUCAUCAGGAAACUGUCCAGUACAUCAAGGAGAAGCUCAGUGAGGCUCUGUCUGCAGAGAAAAACAUCAAUCUGUUUCACUGUCUGAAUGAACUGAAUGAUCAUUCUCUAGUGGAUGAGAUCCCACGGUACAUGAGUUCAGGAAGUCUUUCCACAGAUAAACUGUCUCCUGCUCAGUGGUCAACUCUGGUCUUCAUCUUACUCUCAUCAGGAAAAGAUCUGGAUGUGUUUGACCUGAAGAAAUACUCUGAUUCAGAGGAGGCUCUUCUAAGGCUGCUGCCAGUGGUCAAAGCUUCCAACAAAAUCGUAAUGAGUCUCUGUAACCUCUCAGAGAGAAGCUGUGAAGCUCUGUCCUCAGUUCUCAGCUCCCAGUCUUCUAGUAUCAGAGAGCUGGACCUGAGUAACAGCGAUCUCCAGAAUUCAGGAGUAAAGCUUCUAUCUGCUGGACUGAAAAAUCCACACUGUACACUGGAAACUCUCAGUGUGUCAGGCUGUCUGAUCACAGAGCAAGGCUGCAUUUAUUUGGCUUCAGCUCUGAGCUCCAAUCCCUCCUGUUUGAGAGAGCUGGACCUGAGCUAUAAUCAUCCAAGAGGCUCAGGAAUGAAACUGCUGUUGGCUGGACUUAAAGAUCCAAGUUGGAGACUGGACACUCUCAGGGUGGAGCCUGCUGGAGUCCAAUGGUUGACACCAGGUCUGAGGAAGUAUUCCUGCCAACUCACAAUCGACACAAACACAGUACACACAAACCUCAAACUGUCUGACAACAACAGAAAGGUGACACGUGUGACAGAGGAGCAGUCAUAUCCUGAUCAUCCAGACAGAUUUGACUAUGAGCCUCAGCUGCUGUGUAGAGAUGGUCUGAGUGGUCGCUGUUACUGGGAGGUCGAGUGGAGAGGAGAGGUUCAAAUAUCAGUGAGUUACAGAGGAAUCAGAAGAAAAGGAUACAGUGAUGACUGUUUGUUUGGAUACAACGAGCAGUCAUGGAGUCUGUACUGCACUGAUGAUGGUCCUCGUUCUGUAUGGCAUAAUAACAGAAACACGCUCAUCUCCUCCUCCUCCUCCUCUUCUGUCUCUAACAGAGUAGUAGUGUAUGUGGACUGUCCUGCUGGCACUCUGUCCUUCUACAGAGUCUCCUCUGACACCCUGAUCCACCUCCACACCUUCAACACCACAUUCACUGAAACUCUUCAUCCUGGAUUUUUUGUCUGGUCUGGUUCCUCAGUGUGCCUGUGCUGAGUUGAGUGUAAAGAAGGUCCUCUUGUUAGAGAAACACUCUGACUGUUGAACGGAUAGUUCAGUGUGUACAUGUCUGUCUCUUUCACUCAGAAACACAUUUCCAAAUUCAUGGAUUCAAUCAGUUGAUGUUUUAAACUGUUAUAAAUGAUUACUUGUAAACUUCUUCCUCUUCAGUCCUUUAAAGAUGGAAGCUACGAUGAUUCCAGGAUCUGCAUGUUGUUUUUCUGUCUUUUUUCACUCAAAGCUUCACAGUAAAUAUUAGUAUGUUGUGUUUCUCUGAUGCUCAGUUUACAACCAGCUCCUCUGCAUUUUCAACAGGUCUGAACUCAUUAAAAUGAAUCCAGAUGUUUGAGUUCUCUUUCUUAAUUAAAUUUCUCCAAACUCUCCCCAUACUCUUUCUGUUGACUCAUUUUUUGAAGCCAAUCAUUUCACAAUGGCCCAGCCAUAUAAGUUGAAAAUACUGAGUCAAUAGCUUUUUUUAUCCUAUUAUAACCAUAAUAUGAUUGUAUUGAAGGAUCAUAAUGCAUGUGACUAAAUACAUAGCAAUGGCUGCAUUAACCAUUUUAAACUAGUUUUAUGUUUUCAGACAAAUUUUCAAUAAGAAUAUGGUGCAGUAUGUUGGUAAGCGCUUGUUUCUAAUUUUCUUAGAAAUAUGUAAAUAUGCCUGUAUUGCAUUGCAUAUCUUGUGUAUCACUGUAGCUUCUAUUAAAAAUGAAAACUGUCACAAAGGGUCCUGGUGAAGAAUCUUGUGGAAUUUGGUGGUAGACAUAAAAUUUAUUUUUAACAGAGAAAUUUUAAAAUCACUGUUAUGA